AUGGCGCCUCAAUUCGAGACGAGAUUGUUCAUCAACAACGAAUAUGUAGAAGCAAAAUCAGGCCAAACCCUCGAAAUCCACAACCCAACCGACGGCAGCCUCGUCGCCUCCAACAUCCAUGUCGCCGGCGAAGCAGACGUCGACGAUGCCGUAGCCGCCGCCACAAAGGCCUUCAAGGAGGGGCCUUGGAGUCAAAUGAACGGGGCCAAAAGAGGGGAUCUAUUGAAUAAAUUUGCAGAUUUAUUUGAGAGGAAUCUCGACGAGACUAUCAAAUUGGAGUCGUUGGCGAUGGGGAUUCCUGUGGGGAGUGCGAAAUCGUUUGCGCAUGCGAUUCCAGCUUAUUUUAGAUAUUAUGCAGGAUACGCAGAUAAGUUGGAAGGUGAUGUAUUUCCACCCGAAGAUGGUAGCUACAACUUCGUGCAGUAUGAGCCAUUGGGUGUUGUUGCUUGCAUUUGUGCAUGGAAUGUCACUUAUCUCUACUACGCAUGGAAGAUUGCGCCAGCCCUGGCAGCGGGAAACACAGUCAUCUUCAAAACAUCCGAAAAAUCACCCUUAGGAGGGUUAUUUGCCGGCAAACUGUUCGCCGAAGCAGGCUUCCCACCCGGCGUCGUCAAUUUUGUCACCGGCGGUGCUGCUACUGGUCAUCUACUCGCUGCCCAUCCCAAGAUUCGCAUGAUCUCGUUUACGGGCUCCAUCAACGCCGGUAGGAAAGUGCAGGAAGCUGCGGCAAAGAGUAAUUUGAAGAAAGUCUCUUUGGAACUCGGUGGGAAGAGUCCGGCUAUUGUGUUUGAGGAUGCUGAUUUGCAGAAUGCGGUGCCUAAUCUUGCUCAUGGAUUCCUAUUCAACUCUGGACAGGUCUGUGCUGCCGCAAGCCGCCUCUAUGUCCACGAAUCCAUCUCCACAAACCUCAUCGCUACCCUCAAAGAAACCUUCGAAGUCAUCUCCCAGGGCCUCGGAAACUCUCCCCUCGACCCCACCACCUUCUUGGGCCCCGUCGCUGACUCCGCCCAAUUCGAUACCAUUAUGAAGUACAUCGCAGAAGGUAAAAAAUCCGCAAAACUAAUCACAGGCGGAAACCAAAAGGGUAAUAAAGGUUACUUUAUUGAACCUACGAUCUUCGUUGACCCAUCUCUCGACUCAAAAGUUUUGAGGGAGGAGAUUUUUGGGCCUGUGUUGGUUAUCCAGACGUUCAAGACAGAGGAAGAGGUUAUUGAGUGGGCGAAUGAUACGGAGUAUGGAUUAUCUGCGGCUAUAUAUACCGAGAACAUCUCGCGCGCAUUACGAGUUGCGACCAAGAUUGAGAGUGGAACGGUGGGCAUCAACUCCGCCUUUAGACCUGAUAAGUCAACGGCGUUCGGAGGGUAUAAGCAGAGCGGUAAUGGCACAAGAGAGUCUGGGAAGUACGGGCUGCAUGAUUUCAUGCAGGCUAAGACUAUCCAUAUCAAGUUAAAGUAG